AUCAAUUUCGCUCGGAGGCCUCUUCUACCCUCCUUUCCUCUUCUUCUUUUGAAAAUGGGAAUUCCAACGAACAGCAAAAGUCCUCUGCCCCGAGCUCAGGUAAGAGCAAGAAGAAGAGUGAGAUCGGCAUUAUCCAGAAAAAGACUUCAAGUUUGCGGCUGCGCGGCUCGGACAGCCAACAUCGUCAAUCGGUUGCGCUGCUGCUCCAAGGUCUCGGACAAGCUGGAAGCCCUCAAGAACCUCAUUCCGUCGCAUACUGGAGAGGCAUCAAAACCCGACCAAUUGUUCAAAGAAACUGCCAAAUACAUCGUUCUUUUGAGGACGCAAGUGGUGAUUCUUCAGAAACUGAUUGAUUUUUAUGGAUCAAGUGAGAAACAAAACUCGUAAUCAUAUUUUUUCCUUUUUUCUCCAAAAAAAAAAAAAAAUCACGCCGAAUUUCUAAGUCCAUGUGCCGAAAACGCGACAAUGGGGAAGAUCUUGAAUUCGUCUGUUGAGUUGCAGGAGAACGAGUAUUUUCUUUGCAGAUAUGUUGUUCCCUAGCUAACUUGAUCAAGAUCUGUAGUAGCUCCAUGAGGGCAAUUGCAUGGACAUAUCCUUAGGAUUUGUUUUCAACUGUUUGGAAUUUUUGAAUACAUGAGGUAUUCUCAUCUCCAUUGAUGUCUCUUUUUUUUUUUUUGUUUGCAUAAGAAAAACUUUCCUGUGACAAUAAAUUUUUUAAAAUACAUAUUGGUAGAGGUAGCUAAGUUAAAGAGGGAGUUGCUUGGCCUCAGCAGACGCCAGUCUAUUAAUAAUAUAUUCCUCAACUUUGU